AUGUGCAGUAGCAUUUAUACCACCGCAAGAAGUUGGAAAUUAUGGACAUUGAUUAUGGAGCAGUUUCAAGAUAUUGAGCAUAUUGAGGUAUUUUAUGAUUAUGUAACAAAACAAAUUAAUAGUUUAGAAGGUUGGCAUCAUCGUUUAAAUACUGAUUUAAAUCAUAUCAUACAUCCACAUUUUUAUAUGUUUAUUCGUGCUAUUCAAAGCGCUUAUGCAUAUAAUUCAGCAAUAUCGUCACGUCAUACAACUACUGGUGCAAUACCACCAAGAAAAAAGUUAUUUGUGAAUCGAAAUGCACCAUUACACGAUUUAGAAAAUCGUUAUAAACAACAAGCAUUAACACUGGAAGAAUAUCUUGAAAAAGUGAUGCGAUUAAUUGGUAUCACAAAGUUUUGA